ACAUCCGGGGAAGUAAUUGUUCCGGAAGUGCACCAGGUAAGUAUCAACAGGACUUGCGAAGGAGAGUGUAGAAAGGGCGCGCGGGCGUUUGUGAGCGUGAUUGCAUUGGCUGCUUCUCCCCUUCCUCCUCGAAAGGCACCUGUUGUAUUGGCGCUCGUUCUUUGUCGUGUGCAAAGUAGGAAAGACUUCGAGGAGAUUGUACUUAUUAUUCAGCCCCCGGACCCCCUUCCCUCUUGAGCCCCGUGCAGGGGACGUGCACUUUAUUUCCCACCUCCAGCUUUUGGCUUUGUGACGGAUUCCCAUUACUUGGCUGCUCUUUCUGAUAGUGGCGAAGGAGUUGUUCGUAACCGGCGUCACGUCCCGGUGCAGCCGCAAGUGGUGUUUCAGAAAUGUCAGCACCAUCUAUGAAAGAAAGGAAAGCCUGCUGGGAUGCCCGAGAUUUUUAUUGGAAAUGCUUAGAUGAAAAUAUGAAAGAUACAUAAUGUGACAAUUUGAGGUGCUCUUUUGAAAAUUUAUGCCCACAGCAGUGGGUUAAAUACUUUAACAAAAGAAGAGAUUAUUUACAAUAUAAGGCACAAAUGGAAUCAGGAAAAUUUCUGCCUUCAGAGAAAACAGAGUCAUAGCAACUAGAGAACGUUUACAAUACUGUACACAAAGGAAGUUGCAGAAAAACAACAUAAUUGAAGAGCAUAAAUGUUGGCACCAAUGUCAUAAAUUUUAAGACCUGUUCUUGUUUAUAAAUCUCAUACUGGUCUGAAAGCUCCAGCUCCCGUUAUUUGAAUUGGAUAGAAGAGGCACUUAGGAAAAUAUGCUUACCUUUCACCACUAAACUACACCAUCAAUAA